AUGGCUUCAAGGAGAACAUUGCGCAGAAGACCACGAAACAGGGCACAGGCCAGACGAAGAAGGCGUGCCCUCCGAAAGAGAAGACUGAGGUCUGCCAGAAGUUGCCGACGCCAGAAACCAUCAGCUAGAACCAGGUCAAGGCUCCCCAGAAGACUGCAACCUAAGAAGAAGGUCCGAAUGACCAGAGAUGCUUGGAGCAUGUUGCACUCCUAUGUAGAUGGCAUCUACAGGAAAGUGUCUGGGGAAGCUGAGCGUCUAAGGAGGAAGGAACGAAGACCCUCCAUCAUAUCCUCAGAUGUGCAAACUGCACUGAGGCAAGUCAUGCCAAGGAAGCUGACCAGGCGAGUUGCCUGCACCAGGACCCGUUAG